AGCAUCACAUCAGCCUCGAAGAAUGCGACACCAACACGACCACGCCGGGAAAGAACGUCUUCGACCUUUCGCAAGUAGGAGAAAUUUCUCAAAGUAGUUUGGUACAACUUCUUCACCGAAAAGAGUAGCUUUCUUCUAGUACUUCAUCUUUCCCCGCAUUAUUUUUUGAGGUAGUCUUUCUGCUGCGCUCUUCACUGACGAGCUUGCUAGAAAGUCAGACAUCAUCUACUCCGAACUUUUUAUCCCGAAGAAAAGCUCCAAAAAGUAGCUUGGUUGUUCCCGCCCAAUACUAAUUGUAUGCGCAAGUAUUAGUACUAUUGGUACUAGAGUUAGUGAAGGCUCGACGAACGCAGCCACAUGUCGUUGCGCACACCAGUCUACCACGGCUCCGUUCCGUCGAUGGACGAGGAGCUCAGUGGUAGUCGCCGGUACGGGCGAUCCAGGAAGACCGCGGGCGGUGGGACCGCGAAAAACCGCACAGCGACCAGCGCACUGCGGCGAGCAACUAGCAGAGCCACCACGUCGAUUGCCAUUUUUUACUGCGCCAUGAACCAAAACUUGCAGUGUGCUGUUUCCGGCGUUUCGAUCGGAAGUGCAGGAAGUCGUCCAGCCGCGUCAUCUAGUACUAUUCCCUCGGUGAGUGCUACCAUUAAGAAGGCUCCUGCUCGUGGUACCACGGUGGAGCCAAUUUCCACUGAUUCGUUUUUAGAAAACAAAAAGAAGAAAAGCAAGCAUGGUACUAACGAACAAGGCAGAGAGGGCAUCAAGCUGAACGGCAGGAAGACUGCCACUGAGACGACUAGAGCGAAAGCGACCACUGCAGACGCUGGUGCUGGCUUGCAGUGUUGCGCAGCAAAUGAGGCAGUUGAUGUCGCGGACCCGAAUCCCGCCCCCUCUACGGACGAUGGAAAAGAUGAUCCAGCUCUUUGCGUGGCCCACGAGCGGUGCAUCGCCCAUUUUGCAAGCAGAGUCCAGGAGGUCGGGCUGAAAGCGUUUGGCAAAGACAAAUGCUGCCCCUCAGUGUAUAAAAAUAAAAAUAAAUGCAAAAUCUCCAUUAUUUUUGCACUGUAUGUUCGUCAUCUGUACCUUUUUUAUUUUUUUCACUCCCUCUUGAUAAUGAUGUGCACCACUGAUUUGUUCGCCAGUUUUCAGGUUUCACUUUCAUUUCGAUUUCUAUCUUAGGCACAGGAGCCAUCCAUUGCAACAAAGAGCAGCUGUAUUCUGUCAACGCGCGACUUUACUUACUUACUUAUUAUCUGAGGGGGUAAUGCAAAUACUUCGAUGUGGUCGCGACGAAUAGUUCUUGAUCUUGUUCAGGGCUGAGAUGAACUUAGCAUUAGCAUGCUCUGAAAAGUUUGUCGUGGGGAUUAUCUUCCGUUUUUUAUUUUUGAGUUUAGUCGACUUCCUUCCAAACAAGUAUUAGAGGUUUGCUUUUGGCAAAAAGAAGCAAUUGAUGGCUCUUGAUGAGUUGUAGGAUGGAAGAUGCAGAAUAAUAGCAAACUAAGUUUUGCCUUGACUGUCGCAGUCUCUGUGUGUCCUGUGCUUCAUGUGAUCGAUCGGUAGAAAUUCGUGCUUCGUGCGCGUCAAGCAUUAUUGAAUUAAUUAUAUGAGCGUUGUAAGUUCUACUACUUGUUAAUAAAUAAAAGUGCACCGAUGCACUUCGUUCUGUUUUUCGUCUUCUCGU